AUGGAGGCCCAUCAUAUUACCACCUCUUCAAAGACCUUGUUCAACAAGGUACGCAAGAUUGUCCCGCCGUUGUUGGAGAGAUUCCACAAAGGCCAACAGGGACGUGUGGCUGUUAUCGGUGGAUGCGCCGACUACACAGGCGCUCCCUACUUUUCCUCAAUGGCCUCCGCCAAAUUAGGAUGCGAUAUGAGCCAUGUCAUCUGCGAACGCUCCGCAUCACCCGUAAUCAAAUCAUACUCCCCAAAUCUGAUGGUUCACCCGUUACUCCCGAGCAGCGACACGGUCCAAAACCCGGACUCCAUUGAUGCCCCGGCACUCGCCGGUCCGAUCAUCGCGAUGCUCUCGCGUCUCCACGCUUUAGUUAUAGGCCCCGGGCUAGGUCGCGACGGGGUAACGCUCAAGGUCGUCAACGAGGUGAUGAAAGAAGCCCGGUCUCGCUCGAUACCGUUCGUGCUCGACGCCGACGGGCUGCUCCUGGUGACCGAGGACCCGGACCUGGUGAAGGGGUACAAGGAGUGCAUCCUCACGCCCAACGUCAACGAGUUCAGCCGUCUGGCCAAGGCGCUGGGCAUCGAAGUCCCCAGCCAAGCCCAGAUUGCCUCUGAAUCCAACGGCGGGGACAAGACGAACCGCGAGACCGAGGCGUGCGAGAAGCUCUCCAAAGCCCUCGGCGGGGUGACCAUCAUCCAGAAGGGCCCUCACGAUGUGAUCUCGAACGGGGUCACCAGCAUCAUCUCCGAUAUUACAGGCGGCCUGAAGCGCAGCGGCGGGCAGGGCGACACCCUCACCGGCUCACUGGGCACCCUGCUUGCCUGGCGCGCGGCGUACCACAACGGGCUGUGGGACUCGGGAGAAAAGGACAACCCCAAGGAGGCGCAGAGUAAGCAGGAAGUGCAGGCGGAGCUGGAAGCGGAAGACAAGCGGAUGUCGCCGGCGACGACCUUGCUUCUGGCGGCUUGGGCAGGCAGCGCCAUCACCCGCGAGUGCUCACGGCGGGCCUUCAAGGCGAAGGGCCGCAGCAUGCAGGCCAGUGACUUGACUGAAGAGGUCCACGAGAGUUUCCUGGCUUUGAUCGGUGAGCCGGAAGGAUCGAAGGUGCAUCUUUAG